AUGAGCGACGACGGGGAUGGAGUGCCCAGUCCCCGGCGCUUCCGCAGCGCCGAUGCCGACGACGACUUGUCCCCUGGCCUGAUUGUGCGGCUCAAAUACGCCAUGUACCUGUUUGUCGCACUUCUAUUUUCGAUGAUGGUGCGCGGGCUGAUGAGCUCCUUGUUCGAUAAGAUUCCGAUACUCGAAAAGGGGUGUGCCAUGAGCAGCAAAGGCGGCGUGAUUCGGGCCGCGUGCGCGGCGGAAAUGCUCAUCUACCGCGUAAGCUUUGCGCUCACAGUCUUCUUCGGCAUCCACUUGAUCAGCGUGUCUGACCUGACGUGCUGCAUCCGAAGCAAGGACCUCGCCGAGCUCCAGCGCAGCUUCUUCACAGUCAAGACGGUGCUGCUGGUGGUCCUCUUCAUUGUGACACUCUUCAUUCCCAACGGCUUCUUCUCUGCGUACGCCUACGUGUGUCUCGUCUGCUCUGGCUUGUACCUGCUGAUGAACGUCGUCUUCCUCGUCGACUUCUCGUACCAUUGGAGCGACGACUGGAUCGAACGCGCAGACGGCAACUCGAAGUGGAUGUGGUACCUCCUCAUCAUCGCUGUGGGCAGUUUCGUCCUCGCCAUUGCCGUCGUCGUCGCCUCGUUUGUGAUCUUCGUCCCGCACUCGGACUGCAACUUGAACGCGUGCAUCAUCACGAGCAUCACCGUGGGCGCGUUCAUUUACUUUAUCCUGUCCAUUUACGUCCCGCAUGGCUCCAUCGUGCCGAGCAGCAUUGUCUUCCUCUACACCAGCUGCAUCCUGCUCUUCACGCUGCGCACGACAGACAAUGAACACUGCAACCGCAUGGCCACACGCCCGAGCAGCACUACGUACGCUAUUUUACAGACGAUCUUCACGAUGCUGCUCACGUGCUUCACGCUUCUCUACAGCGUUGUGGCUACGGGCGGUAGUGGCGCGUCCCUGAACAUCGGCCAGAACGAGGACGGCGAGGCCGAGAACCCCGAUGAAACUGGGCACCUGUCCCACUACAUGUUCUUCUACACCAUCAUGAUCUUUGGCUCCAUGUAUCUGGCGAUGCUAGGCAGCUCCUGGCACGUCAGCGGCGCUGGUGAGGACGGCUUGUCGAAGAGUAUCAACCUCGCCUUCUGGGUGCGCCUGUCGACGGUCUGGGCAGCGAUGUUCGUGUACAUUUGGUCCCUUGUGGCGCCAUACACGUGCUGCAAGGGUCGCGACUUUGGCUUCGCGGUGGACGAGGACUGGAUUUGA